AUGGUUGAGCGGCAUUGGAACACGGAUACGAAAAGUGAUGGAUCGGAAUUGCGAGGCCCAAAAGAGGCCGUAUUCCGCCAAAGAUUUGGAUGCUGCAGAUUCAGAGUGCCCGCAGACUGCGGCCCCCCGAUUCGUGCCCUGUCGGCCCUGUCGCUGUUCAAUCAAACCCUCAACAACGACAGCAAAAGUGGAGUGGCUCUCUUUCACAUGGGAAAAAGACGAGCACACAGUUCAAGAUUACAGCCAGAGAGCAAGGUAGCUCGGUAUCGGCUGAUGGACGUUUUCAAUCAUUUCACACAAAUCCUUGCCAUUGUUAGCGAGAGCUGA